UUAACCAUUUCCCAUCCGGCCCAUGUAUAUAAACGGGACGGAUGGGAGCAGUGCAGGGCAGGUGGCCGUUUAUAAAUGUUCUCCCCUCUUCCCUGCUUGUGUGCGCUCCCGGGAGCACGCAGCACCGCAAUCCAGUGCCCGCUGUGUCCUCCGGACACAACAGAACACCGACCGUUGUACAGGACCUCUGUGUGAGGUCCCGAUCAUGUGAUCACUGAUUGGCCAAUCAGUGAUCACAUGAAUAGUAGUACGUAAGAUGUCACUUCCUGACAUCAUUGCUUACUACGUGUGAAAUCUGUGAAUGAUCACAGAGGUCACAUGGUACAAGGCUAUUCACAACAGCCUUGUACUAUGUGGCCAAUCACAGCUCUCACAGUA